AUGGAGAGAUAUUAUCCAAACUACUUCUCAUACACACAAUCGUACUACGAGCCUCUGGAUCCGAAUGGGCUGUCACAGUCAAUUUACGGCUACGACGGUAUUGCAUCCGACUCGGAGGCUGGCCUCAAACUUGAACGAGGAACAGAAGGUAGGACACGAGAACAACAGAUAGCCUCACAUCGAACAGAUUCUGAUGCCAGCUUAUAUAUUCGGAAAGAUCGAGUUUGGAUGAGAGGUUGGGCGACGAAAAAACCCGCCUCAGUCGAUUUGAUGCCCGUCGAACAUUCUAGCUCGGAUUCAGAGGGUCAUCAAAGAAGUGUCCGAGGCGUUUUAGCAAGAUCGCCAAAAAGCCAGCAGGACUUUGAAGGGACCGCUUACAAUUCACCAUUUGGCGCCCAGAGCACGUUAAGACCGGAGAGAGUUGCAGAAUCGAACUACAACGCGGAGAAGAAGUCGCAGAUCCCCAAGCCCAUGAAGUAUCCGCUGGAGUCAGAGACCUCAACCUCGGGGAACCUACGUGGUGGCAACCUACCAACUUGGAAAGGCCGUUCUCGAACUGGUCCAGUGGAAUACGUCAACGACCCAUCUUCUCUCCCUACAGUUUACUAA